AUGAGGAACUUGAUACUGCAGAUGAAAAAAAAGUUAGAAAAUAUUGCUGAAUGGACCAAGAAUACACCAUUUAAGGAUUUUUUAUCUAUAUUCCAAGGAUUGAAAGAUGAAACUCUCACCCCAAAGGCGAUUAGAAUCAGAAUUAAAGAAGACUUGUUACCAGAUAAUAGACUUGUAACAUGGGGAGUUAUGGACAUAAAAAAUAAUGAUGUAACUGAUAGAGAAGGCGAAGAGAACUCAGAAGACAAAGACGAAGAAGAGUGGAACGGUUUCUGA